AUGCCCUUCAGCUCGCAGGCAUCGACUUUUGAUGCUUUCAAUUUCACAGCCUCGACCCAGUGCCGUACCCUCAAAAGUCAUGGCCAAGCUUUCGCCAGUGCUUUGACCUACAAUCAUACCGCACCAAUGUUGAGAAGUGUAACACCUGACCGAAGUGCAGACUUGCAAUCGCAGCAAGAAGCGCUGCAGAAGCAGCAUGUUUGGCCUUGCAAACCAUCUGCUUUUCCCAAAUGCUGCCCCGUCAAGCAAGGCAAUGUCGUGCUGUUGCAGGAGCACUUCGACCAAGUUGCCUCGAUGCAGGCCUCUCCACUUGCCAGGCGUGCGCUUUCGGGGAGGCCGGGAUUCCGCGGUAACAGCGACAGGGUCUCAAAGUAA